CAAUGAUGUUUCUAUCAAAUUGCUGAAUAGUAAAUUGGAAAGAUUAGUGAAAUGUUGGAAAUAUUAUUGUAAUUGUUUGGUGAGAUUUUUAACUAUUUAAUGAGGCACAAAAGUAUUCAGUUGGAGCAACCAUCUAGCAAAGUGGGGCAAGAAAGAGAAGGAGAGAAAGAGAGACAAAGGCUAACAUCUGAUCAACAAUCCAGUUUUUAUUUUGUUUUCCUUUUUGGUUUAUGUUUACAUCUCUAUUCAAUUCGGUGUAUUAUUAAUGAUUAUUUCUUUGAUAUCAACUUGAUCUAAUUUCAACGUUUCUAUUAGUGUCCUUGGAAAUGAGAUAUCAAGAAUAAAAAAUGAUUACUCUCAUCAUUCAAUUUGUUCUCGGUUUAUGUUAGAUGUUAUUGUAUUGAUGAUGUUGAUAUUUUUGGUUACUCUGAUGUUGAGAGUUUUCCUUCAAGCAAUUGUUUAACCCGUUUCUUCUUCCUGAUUAGUGUUCCUUUAUACCCAAAUCUUACAGAGAUCAACAUGAUUGAAUAAGAGCUCAUGCCUUUAAUCAAUAAGUGUUCAACUGCUUUAACUUGGAUUUAAUUAUUGAGUUUAAUGCCAUUCCAUUUGAUUGAGAUUAUCAAAUGAGCCAAUGACCACUCUAAGGAUCAAUCGAGAUUAAUUGCGAGUUUAAAAUCAUCACAACUCACUUAUAAACAAUCAUGGAUAACAAUCAUUGGAGUAGUUCCUCAACCCACGAGACAAAUGGAGAUGCCAAUAAUCAUUCGGACAAGUUCAUUUUAUUGCCAUACGAUAGAUUUCGAAAUUGGAUUCAUUGUAUAGCCCUGGUAACUUUUGACAUUGAAUUAGGACAAGCUAUUGAGAAAGUUUAUCCUUCUCAUGUUAAACUAAGCGAAAGAGAGAAAACAAAUAUAUGUUACUUAUCUUUUCCUGAUAGUAACUCAGGCUGCAUGGGCGAUACAAAGUUUCAUUUUCGCACAAGAUUGGGCCCAAUGGCACGAAAAUCGUUCACAAUUUAUCGGGAUUAUAAUAAUGAAUGUUUAAGCGCUCUUCAGGCCGAUGCUUGUUACACUUAUGGUUAUGUUUAUUUCCGUCAAGUAAAGGAUCGAUCAGCGAGAAGAGGAUAUUUCCAAAAAUCACUUGUCAUAUUAACCCGACUCCCUUUUGUAAACUUAUUUUCUCAAAUAGUAUCUGUGAUAGCUCCUCAAUAUUUCGAUAAUGGAGAAGAUGUUUUAUUUACAGCCAUCAAUAAUAUUGAUUUAUGGCCUUCACCAAAUCCAGGACGUACCUUGAAUCUCUCACUGUUAGGUGUUCAUUUACAAAUUCAUAUUCCUCAUAAAAACGACGACUUCAGUUGUUCUCCCACAAGUGAAUCCUCAGCUAAAUUCCCAUCUCCUUCAUCAAAUUUUGUCAUUAAUGGUUCUCAACCUAUCAUCUCAAUACCUUCUCUUUACGAAUUUAACAUUUUCAAAUGUUUCCUUCCGAUUAUUUCCCAUAUUCAACUUCUUUGGGAACUUGUUUUAACGUGUGAACCCAUCAUAGUGAUGGCUCCAACUCCUGAUAUUUGCUGUGAGAUGGUACAGUCUUUAGUAUCUAUGAUCUGGCCUUUGAAAUACUCCUCAGAUUUUCGACCAUUUUUCACAAUUCAUGAUACCGAAUUCAAAGAAUACACUCAAAAAAGUCAAUCACCGCCUCCUGUGAUACUUGGAGUCACUAACCCAUUUUUUGCAAAAACUUUGCAACACUGGCCACACAUAAUACGAAUCUGUGAAUAUAGUCCCCCUUCUCCCAAGCGGACCCCUGACGCUAAGAUUUGGAAGGGCAAAACAAUCAAAACACUCGAGUGUAAACCUGGUUUAUAUACAAGGUACAAACCUUUUCUCCAAAAAGAUCAAGUUGUAUUGAAGAAAUUACUCAAAGGACUGGAAUCUCGACGUCCACAUGAAGUUCAAAGUACCCUAAUGCGAAGAUAUUUCAUUGAACUAACUUCGAGCUUUUUAAUUCCUCUGGAAAGAUAUUUAGCUAGUUUAAUGCCAUUACAAAAAGACAUUUCUCCCUUCAAAUCGGCUCCAAUGAUUCAACCUUUCAAUCCUGACGACUUUCUCAAAACUUUAGAGACAUCAGGACCACAAUUAACAACUGGUAUCAAAGGAGAUUGGAACAGUUUAUAUCGUAAAUUCUUUCGGACUCCUAAUUUUUCUGCUUGGUAUGAAUCUCGUUUUGGUGAAGUUAGUCAAAAAUUGAAAGCCCUCCACAUUGAGUCCAUCUCUAAAGCGGACCUUGUUAAAUGGAUCGGUGAUAAAGCUGAAAUUGAGAUUGUCGAUCUCAUAUUAACUAUGAAAGAUAAACUUAAAACUGUUGAUAAUGAAAAUUUACCUGUCGAUAAAGAUAUUGUUGAACGAGUGGAAACUCAACUAAAUAGCAUCAUCAAUUGUUUGCCUCAAGAUUUGCAUGAUAUUUUGCGUAAAUAGAAUAUAUUAUUGCUCACCAAAUUGACCAAGUUGAUGAAGAAAUCAUUGAAUCAUGUAAAGACUACUAAAUCUUCUGAAUUAUUAUCAUAAUCACAGAAUUACUCUUCAACUUUGACUACGCCAAAACAAUCAAGCACUCAAUCAAUCUCACUUUUGAAUCAUCAUCUCCAACAUCUACCACAUAUGAUUAUUAUCAUUGUCUUCAUUUAUACAUUGCUUCAUAAUUAAAAUUCAAUAAUAUUCUAUCAAAACAAUAAACUUAUUUUGCAUAAAAGAACUCACAGAGGCUAAUUAUUGCUAAUUAAAGGUCUAUUGACAAUAAA